AAAGGUGGUGGGCACGGGACGACGAGGAGAAGGAGGAAGAUCCUUUAGCCUUUCUUUUCCUUCUUCUUGACUAAAGAAGCUUAUUGUGCUAAUGUACAGUUAUCAGGAGCAGUUAUCGGGGAGGAGAUGAUCUUCUCCUACUUCUUCUCACGCUAAAAUCUAGCCAUUCUUCAUCCGCAUGUGAAAAAUAUCGGCCUUGCUCAACUUUAACAAACCCAGAUUCAAAAUAAGUUUUGCUUUGGCCAAGUAGUGGAUUGGGUGCCAAAAGAUGAUAAGACUUUUACUCUUGGAUGAGAGUCCCCCAAACGAUACGAACUUUAGUCCACGAUUUUGUUGUGCAAUAAUACCGCAGUAGAACUAGACCCUGUACAUGAUCGUCUCCAUUAUCGCCACAGUUUAGCAGAACGGUAUUUAUUGUGUGCGAGAUAAAAGUUAUUGUAUUUUAUUGAAAUAUUUUAUUUAUUUCUAAAUGUUUUUUUUGCGGACAUAACUGAGGAGAAAGUUGGAGUUUUUUUUAGUCAAAAAGUGAAUGUGAUUUAGCGGUUGACGGUGUGAAUGUGUUUUUAUAUAUAAAUUAUUCUUAAAAAUGCCUUCCUCUGGGGCAACGGGGGUCGCCGUGGGAGGUCACAAUGGCUUCAGUCGUGGCAAGACGAUUUUUGUACUCGCCGUGGUUGUGGGAUGUUUCGCCGUCUUGUGGCCGAGAAUUUUCUACCCUAUGUUUACAGCCUCGCUUAUCGGCGACUCGGGGGAUGAAGUCUGCUGCGACGUUAUGUCAGAAAAAGACACGAACGCGUACCACUUAAUGACAGAAAUAUGUGGCAACAUACUUCGUCGAGAUAGCAAACUACCUCCUCCUCUGGAUUCCGGUCAACCUGGAAAAAAGAUCGAGAUCUCUAAACCGGCGGCGAAUCUGUGUCGCAAUGAGAUCUUGAAGCAGUGUGGCGUCGACGUGCUGCUCCUUCUCAAGGAGAACGCCGCCAUGACGAAAGAAUACAAAAAGUCGCUCAACCAGAUCCGGUCCUUUAAUACGUCCCACUGUCUAAAAAUUAGCUACGGGGUGGACGUCGUGGAGGAAAUUGGGCUCGCGAGGAUGACCAAGGGGCCGUUUAGCUCGCCCAGUCAUAUGCGACCUGAGCGACACUUACGUCCCGAACUAAUGCAUCCAGCCUUACGAGAGAAAGGUCAAGCUAUUCCGUCACCUCGUGUUCCGAGGAGAACGAUCGAUAGGGAAGCAAGGCCCGGACCUGUUCCAGGAAUGCGACCACCGAUGGCUCAAGCCGCACACGUCCCAAAUACUCCAAAGGGGUCAGGCACGAUGGGAAUUGUUAUGCCGAUGUAUACUUUUGGGAUAAUUUGCUUCUUUGUCUACACCUUAAUGAAGCUCGUUUCCUGGUAUUUCAUGGUCAAUGUGACUUGCGACUAUGUGUAUUCGUGUCUCUGCAUCCUCUUUAAAAAGCCGGCUGACGAGAUUUCUCCUCCCGUGAAACCUCAACCCAUCCUAAAAGAUCUGAUUGACCCAGACCACCGGAAGUAUGGAGCCUACUCCUCCUCCGAGGAUGCAUACCCCAACGGAUCCGAACGGUCGAAGAAGGUCGUAGACGACUACAAGCAGAAGGAGGAUGCAAAUAGGAGGAAGGCUUCGGCAGGUGCUGCUGCAGGAAAAAGCGACACUUUCAAGGGUCGACUAGAACGUGAAACAGUUUCCCAAGAAGAAGAUUAUUCCAAAGAUGAUGAUGGCGACGACGAGAAGAGUGAAAUUCACAAUACUGAUUCUUGGUCGCCGAAUGAAACUACCACGUCGUCUUCUUACGAGCCCUCGUCAUCAUCUAUGGAACAAGAUACGAUGAUUUUAGCCGCAACGAAAAAAGCCGUACCUCCAACCUUGACCGUGCAACCACCCACUCCGUCCACGCCGCCUGUGGCGUCAGAAAUUUUUGUAGAGCCGCAAAAAAUACCUGAGGUUGCAACGAUAAUUGAGCAUGACGAUAAUAAAACGACUACCACUACUACUCCUGGCGACGAUAAGACAGACUUUUUCGUUGAUAACCCUCCCCAAAACCCUAGCGAUGAACGACUAACGCCAGAACAGCUAACAUCCGCUGCUCUAUUUUUUGAUGAAACGAUAGAAAUUUCCGACGCUGAUUUUGAACAUGUUUCUUGCCCAACUGGAAAAUUAGACGCUUCCCGACACGAUGGACAACAAGAGGACAAAAUUGACGACGAACUUUCACCCGUCAUCAGUGCUACUCCACCUUCCCCGCAACUUGUCGAGUAUGCUGGAUCCUUGGCUAACCGCAUUUUGGCCGAUGCCACAAGUGAUGCAUCAUCCCCCGCACAAGUCGUCACGCAAGAUGUCCUCCUCACCAAGCCGGGCGUAUCUGAUAAUAACGUGUCAAUCCCCGCAGCUGGUGAAAGUAGUAGGAAAGAGGACGUUUGCUCACAAGAAUCUCAUCCUGGAGCUCGAGAUCGAGAUGCCACCGAAUGUGAGCAGGGCUUUUUAGUGGAGAACUCUGUGGAGAGGGGAAUUCUGUUAAAGAUAAAAAUGUUGGAACUGUCCUCGUUGAAAACGAAUAAUGUAGGCGAGGUAGAGAUCGACUCGUUGCGAAGGCAGUUAGAAGAGACGCAACUGGCGAUGGAACGCAUGAUCACGUCCAUGGGAUCCGAUCGCCUCGCUAUGUUGGCCAAAGUCCUUAAAGCUCAGGGGGUGGACUUAGAACAACCCAAAGGCUCAAUUAAGGAGGAAAAUAAAAAAUCCGAAGAGAAAGCAAAGUUGGAGCCGGAACGAAAAUCUUCCGUGAAACGACAUCCCAGUGCAGAGAAAGAGGUGACGUUCCAACUUCCGGAGGCCAAGAAACCGGAAGUGGAGGAUGACGAAGAGGAAGAAGAAGUUGAGGAGGAGGAGGAGGAAGAAGAGGAACCCGUACGACCCCCAACGCCGCCGAGACACGGCGGUUCGAAAAAGUCGAAACAUAACCAACACCUCAGCCCAUCCACCACCACCACCACCAAUGAGUCAACCACCAACCACACCCCCGUUCUUGUCCCCCCUGAACUUAUCCUCUUUGCCCAACAACUAUCCUCGCAUAUUAUACAACAGAGUGCGGCUGCUGCAAUCGCGUUGGCUAAACAGGCCUCCUCCCCACAAUCUCAACAACACCGAGAAAUCCUCUCAGUCCUCGGGAUCGAAGAAACGGCGGAGAUGGAGUCUGGCGAAAAGUGGGACGAUCGAACGCCAACGCCCACCUUCCGAAUGGCGACGCCUCCCGUGCCCCACCGGGCGCCAUCUCCUCCGGAGGAUAUCCCCUCCAUUUUUCUAGAGGGACCACUCCCCAUGGCGGGACAGCAACUAAUGGUCUCAGACUCCCAGGUGGAAAUGGAAGGGGGAGAUUAUGGCGAUGACUAUGAGAAUAACACGGCGCCAAUAAUCCUAUCUGGGAAGGUAACCCUUUCAGUGAUUUCUGGUGGGGGAGGUGCCCCCGACGAGAUUACGGAUGCCUCCUCCCUCUCGUAUGAUGACAAAGGGAAGAAUAAAAACAAAACGGCAAUAAAGGCAGAAAAGGGGCUCAGCAACGCGAGGAAAACGCCUGCCUCGACUAGUCAUAAGGAGUACGAAGACAUAAAGAAAGGUUUCAAAAAUGACGAGGACAGCGAUGAUGUUGAUCUUACGACAUAUUUAACGGCCGAAGCGGACAACGACGGGCAGAACAAUAAGGAGGACACGGAAGGUGACAUUUCCGUCAUGGGUAAAAUUGAAGAACUUCCCAAAGACGAAGAGUAAUAACUGAUGACGAUCAAAGAUUUUGUAAAAUGACUUCAACAAUCAACCUGAAAUUACUCUUAACAACAAAGGUGGCGAUACAUAAUAUUUAUCUACAGCUAUAACACAGCUAAUCAUCGACUCUUCCUCUUAUGUGUUAGAUAAUGAUUAAUUAUGAGAUCACGUCUAUGCAUGUACUCUUAAUUUACCUGUGUAAUUAUUAUUAUUGGAGGAAUAAAAUUGUCCUUGACUAGUCAA